AUGCGCCUAACUGUCGAACUCAUAAAUAAUUCACUGUCAUAUAUCAACCCGCUAAAAGAGCGAGAGCUAGAUCUUAGAGGACACAAAAUACCUUCUAUUGAGAAUUUGGGUAUUGCCAAAGACCAAGAUGCAAUCGACUUUACCGACAACGAUAUCUCCUCCCUCGCAAACUUCCCCCAAUUCCCCCGCCUACGAACCUUGUUACUUGCGCGCAAUCGCAUAAAUCACAUCCAGCCGUCGUUGGCAUCAUCGAUACCGAACCUAGAGAACCUAGUGCUUACUGCGAAUAAUAUGGCUGAAUUGGCGGAUUUGGAUCCCCUGCGCGGGUUUUCGAGGCUUACGCAUGUGGUUUUGAUGGAAAAUCCUGUUGCGAGGAAAGAGCAUUACCGAUACUGGGUCAUUUGGAGAAACCCUCACAUCCGAUUCUUGGAUUACCAGAAAGUGCGAGAUGCCGAACGCGCCAAGGCUACUGAGUUGUUUGGCACGUUUGAAGAGCCAUCUGCAUUCGCAUCUAAGAUUAUGGGUAUCAAGUCACGAACAUUCGAUGUAUCCACUGCAGCAGCUGGUGCUGCCGCUCAACCCGGUGCCGGUGACAGGGCUAUUCGCGUCAAGCUUACAGAUGCUGAGCGCAGGCGUGUGGAGAAGAUGAUCCGGGAAGCCAAGAGUCUGCAGGAAAUUGCUCGUCUGGAGAAGGAGUUGAAUGAAGGACGGAUUCCGGGUGGUGCGUUGGAUGGGCUUGGAGAUGAGGAUCAGAUGCAAAUGUAA